GCUAGUCCACAUAGAUCCCCGUCACUCACGACAACGAGGGGCCUUUACUUACCUUUCUUCUCGCUAUGAUGCGCCUGCCUUCUUCGUUGGCACCCGUUUGGACCAGGCUGGGUACCGCAAGGUCACUGGCGACCAUAGCAGACAAACCACGAACCCCACAAACUGUCAUCGAAAAAGUAGUUCAACGAUAUGCUGUUGGUCUGCCUGAUGGAAAGGCUGUCAAGGCGGGAGACUAUGUGAUGAUUCGGCCAGAGCAUGUUAUGACCCAUGACAAUACUGGGCCUGUAAUCUCCAAGUUUAAAUCUAUUGGAGCCACUCAGAUAGACAACCCUAGGCAGACUGUUUUCACAUUAGACCAUGACGUUCAGAACAAGUCAGACAAGAAUCUUGCAAAAUAUGCGGCUAUCGAGGAGUUUGCACGGAAACAUGGUAUUGAUUUCUACCCUGCUGGACGAGGCAUUGGGCACCAAGUGUUAGUGGAAGAAGGUUACGCUUUCCCUCAUACUAUGACUGUCGCUAGCGACAGUCAUAGCAAUAUGUACGGAGGUGUGGGUUGUGUCGGUACACCCAUAGUUAGAACGGACGCUGCCGCGCUUUGGGCAACUGGAAAGACUUGGUGGCAAGUUCCCCGAAUGGUCAAGGUCGAGUUACGAGGGAAGCUGGCUCCUGGGGUUACGGGUAAAGAUGUGAUCGUUGCGUUGUGUGGCUUGUUCAACAAAGAUGAAGUCCUCAACGCCGCUAUCGAAUUCACUGGCGACGGAAUUCCUGCUUUGGCUAUCGACGACCGACUAACAAUCUCCAAUAUGACGACUGAGUGGGGCGCUCUUGUUGGUGUUUUCCCUGCUGACGACGUACUUUUCAACUGGUACGAAAAUGCACUCCGAAAACUUGAACUGCGUACGUUCGCCUCUUCGGCAUCGUCCUCGUCGAUACCACCUCCCCCAGAGCACCCUCGCAUCAACCGCCGCAGGCUUGAUGCUAUCCGUACGGCUAAUUUACGGUCCGAUGUGGACGCAGAAUACUCAUCUCAUCUUAUCUUUGACCUGUCUACUCUCGUACCACAUGUGUCCGGUCCGAAUAGCGUCAAGGUGUCUACACCACUUCCAGUUCUUGAGGAUGCUCGUAUCGCUAUACAGAAAGCCUAUCUUGUUAGCUGCACCAACUCGCGUGUUUCCGAUAUAGCUGCAGCCGCUGCAGUAAUGAAAGGGAACAAGGUUGCACCUGGGGUAGAGUUUUACAUUGCUGCGGCCAGCUCUAUCGUGCAGCAAGAGUCCGAAAGACUCGGGGAUUGGGAUACUUUGAUUGCGUCUGGUGCAAAAGUGCUACCUGCUGGUUGUGGCCCAUGUAUCGGUCUUGGAACUGGUCUCUUGGAGGAAGGCGAGACUGGUAUCAGUGCUACUAACAGGAACUAUAAGGGCAGGAUGGGUCAUCCAAAGGCACAGGCUUAUCUCGGUAGUCCUGCGGUCGUUGCUGCAAGUGCUGUGAAAGGUUACAUCUGUGGACCUGAUUCUUUGGAUUCAUCCAAACUGCCUAUUGCCGGCACACCUACCUUCUCUAUAGCAAAUGGUGAAUCAACUUCCUCCUCAUCAACGUCCUCAUCCCAGGAACCGCUCUUUCCUGGAUUUCCUGAUGCGUUCUCUGGUCGUUUGUUAUUUGCACCGCAGGACAACCUGAACACAGACGCGCUUUAUCCUGGAAAGUAUACCUAUCAAGACGAUAUUACCCUCGAGCGUCAAGCCCAAGUGGUCAUGGAAAAUUAUGAUCCUUCGUUCGCCGGACUGGUCGCUGAUUUGAUGAAGCAGCAGAGCCCCGUUGCAGCUUCUGAUAUCACGAAACAAGGAGUGAUCCUUGUCUCAGGCUACAACUUUGGUACUGGUUCUUCACGAGAACAAGCUGCCACUGCCCUCAAAGCGGCAGGCGUGCCAGUUGUCAUUGCUGGUUCAUUUGGUGACAUAUUCAAGCGCAAUGCCAUCAACAAUGGGCUAGUGUGCCUCGAGUGUCCGGACCUUGUCAGGGAUCUUACCGAAGCAUACGGAAAGAAUGGACAGCGUGGCGCAGGAGGAAAGGAGGGCGAGUUAACCGUGAAUAAAGAGCAUGAAAUACGCAUAGGGAUGACGGACGGGAGCGUAGUUGUGCAAAGUGCAGAUAGCGAGAAAAAGGUUUAUGCUGUCCGACCCAUUGGAGCCAGUGUUCAAGAGCUUUGGGUUUGCGAUGGUUUGGAGGGUUACAUCCUCAAGUCAAUACAGACGCAAUCAUAAAAUGCCUGAAUUAUUCAGGGUUCCGUUGUAAAUGAGUAAACAAUACAGGUAUCAGCAUAGUGUUCAUGUCAGGAAUAUUUAUUUGAUGGAGUCUCAUUCAUUUAGAUGUAUUUCGACAGAUAUAUGACCAUGGUCGGUGAGAUGAUUUCGUCAACUCAAGUAAAGGAGGCAUCUUGCGUAUUUCGCUCAAGGUCCCAUCAUGAAGCUUUGGUAGUCAGGUUCAAGGAGAUGCUUACCGCCCCAUAAAUUGCAGUAAGAAGGAAUUACGAUUCAGAGGGCAGAGUUCCAAACGCUACGUGUUUCGGCGUGUCGAUCGGACCCAUGUUGUUGUGGUUGAGAGACAAGACCAUGUUCGAACUUCUCUCGCAGGACAGAAAAUUUUGAACGAUAUUCAUCAACGCCAAUAUAUGCACCGCACACUCUGCGCUUUCCAUC